AUAGAAGUAUCUAUACACUAAUUUCAAGACAGGUUGUUUGCGCUGACCUUAUUUUCUUUCAUAAGAAUACAGGCAAAUUUGAGCGAUGAUGGCUCUGAUCAAUUCACGAAUCGGAUUUAAUACCUUUUUCGAUUGUACGGAUCCGUACUGCAUCGGCUAUUUGUCGGCAGUGCGGAUACAUGCAAGUAAGCUCACAAAUGGCUUCUCGAUUGGCUACGGUGAAAGCACAUGUUUCAGCUGAUCAACUGCUGCCUUGCGCCCUCGUCGCGUGCGGCGGACGAGGCUGAGUACAAGCGACGAUGUGUGAGAUUUACUUCAGCUCGAGCCCUCACUGCAUGAGUACUCUUAUCGUGUACUCUCAUUUUCGCCAUUGUGCAGCCGGCGCAUGCCAUUUGCAUUGCUAUCGUUAUGGAGCCGUCUGCUUCCAACGGACACGAUCAUGCAGCGGAAUCCAACCGUCAGUCGCGUCAGCGGUCGCAGAAAACUCGACAACCGCAAUGCCCAGCUGAGCAAUCACCAAGGGAUUCCAGCCCAUAUGGUGACCUCGGUUGUUUCGAUCGUCAGGAUUCUGGUAACUUGAUUGACCUUGACGGCGAUAGGAAUAGAACAGAGUUACAAAGUCUAUCAUUCACUGUGCAGCCAACAUUGUUGGACCUCGACGACCGAAGUUCCGAUCAAGAUUACCUGUAUGAGCCACCCGGGCAGAUAAACGACGCGGCAGAGCAACACACUUUUCCAAACACAUGCGAAGGAAUCGAUUGCGACAGCCGGUUGAUCAACUUCUGUAACCCAUGCAGUCUCGUCUUUUGCGACUCAUGCUGGAACAAACAACCGCAGCAUAGGCCGGGCAGGCGAAUACCGCUUGGAGGAUGCCAUGAGAAAACGCCCAUAUCAAUAGCUUAUAAGGUACAGAAUGUCCUCGAUCCUCCAGAGGACGAAGCCAUUCGGGAGAGGUUACAUCUUAAAGAUGAGGCAACAUCCUGGUUUGGGAUGUACAGGCCAGAUGAUGGACCUCCUCUAUUCCAGGACUACGGCCGAUUCGUCGACCUUAUGGCAAGCACCGAGGAAGGAAGGUCUGGGGCAUGGACUGGGUUGGGUAAUGGCAGAGCAUCUGGGGCAACACGAGAUCUUCGAACGCCUAGUCUUGUUUCCUUCGUUGGGGAAACAGGAGCAGGGAAAAGCACGUUGAUCAAGCUUCUUAUUGACCUCAACGCAGAAAGCCAUGAGGCAUAUCCUACCCCAGUUGUUGGCGCCUCUGGCGUUAACGUCCCCACCUCGGAAGAUGUCCAUCUUUAUGCCGAUCCGUGCACAGCCUUCAGCGAGGAGCCCAUUCUUUUCGCCGAUUGCGAAGGUCUGACUGGUGGAACACGAGAGCCUCUAGGUGCGGUUUUCAGAAACAAGCAAAAGAAUUCUUCAGCAUCGGAUUCAGCCAGUCGUUCUCCCCACAGAGGGAGGCCAGUUUCGGAGAGGGAGGUCCUAUGGGCAGACAACGCAAGUUCGAGGACAAGAGAGUACGCAACGCGGUUUCUCUAUCCGAGACUUCUCUAUACCUUUUCUGACGUUAUUGUCUUCGUCCUCAAAAAUCCCCGUGUUGUUGAAAGUGUGUUUGAACAGCUUGUCGAAUGGGCGGUGGCCGCAUUGGAAAUGUCGUCUAACCAGCCGGUUUUGCCUCACGCCGUUAUCGUCUUAAAUGCUUCGAGCAACGACCUUGACCCUUUACUAUGGGAGCCUGAAGUUUCCACUGCGCAGAUUCUUGAGUCGUUAUCGAGAACGGUGAAUCAGAAUAGGGUCUUCAAGAGACGGGCACAAGAGUGGCGUGAGCGAGGAAGACAAAUCGAAAACGUUGAACAGCUUAUGCGUUCAUACUACACAUCAGUCUGUAUCAUCCGCAUUCCAGCAAAAGGGCGACCAAACCUUAUCCAGACGCAAGCGCAAAAGCUUUACAGCAAUGUCUUGGAUGCUUCUGCAGAAUCACGGAUGAGGCGAUCUCAGCUACGGAUGCUACUUGAUGUUGAAGAGCUGCAAUCUUACCUUGACAACGCGUUUGACCAUUUUGCAAGGACCCUUGACGCGCCUUUUGACUUCGUUCAGGCAUCUCUGGCGAACAGCCCUAUCCCUUUGAAUUUUGGAGGUAACGUCCUCAAAUUAGCCAUCACUCUCAUGAAUUUUUGGAAAAAUGAAACGGAUGCACGCAAGAUCUUUGAUGAAUUCAGCCAUAUGGUGGCAUCGUGUAUCAUGUUUGAUUUGACACGAAACAAGAGCAAAGGCACGGCCGAAUCUCUCUUUCCGCCUUACGUCCCGCACCUUGAUGCUGCUCUCGAAAACUUCUGCAACAGCCACUGGCCUUGUGAAUACACCAAACCAGGGAGCGAAACUCGCUGUGUGAAUGUUCGAAGCGGCCAUGCCAAGGGACACCAGGACAAAAAUGGCAAGGUUAUAGCUGUUGGUGAUUACUGCUCCAAAUUUUCAUACGACUCAUACCAUCAAGCGUUCCAGAUGAAAGUUUACCUCAAACUCAGGGAACUCCUUAAUUUUCUUCAACUGAAAACUUUCGACGGGAGGCAGGAAGAACACAAAGUUGCCGCCAUAAUCCACCGGGACGCCGUCAUGACAAGCUUUUUCCGCCGUUGCGCAAGGGGCAAAGACGCGCACUUUCAGAGUCACACGGCGUGCUUCUGUUGCUUGUUCGAAAUCCCCGAGCACUCUUUACAUUGCGGACAUAUCAUUUGCUCGCCCUGUGCCCAAAUAUAUGGCUUUACAACAGAGGCCAAGGAGCUGUUCGUCAAUUGUCCGCUUUGUGGGGACAGGAAAAACCCAUCACCACCUUCAAAAAUCUGCCUCAAGCCAGCAACAGCCGGCGUGCGUGUGUUGACGUUAGAUGGCGGUGGUAUGAGAGGUAUUAUUGAGCUUGAGAUACUCCGUCUACUUGAGCAGAUUUUAGGUGGAAAGUUGGCAAUUCGAAACUUUUUCGACUUGAUUGUCGGAACGAGCACUGGAGGCCUCGUUGCCCUAGGGCUUGGCGCCAAAAAGUGGUCUGUCAGUGAAUGCAUCACUCAUUUCGAGCAGCUAUGUUGUGAAGCCUUCACUCCACGCACGGGUGGUGGUGUUCCACUUAUCGGUCGUCUCAUCAACAAUUAUUAUCACUCAGUGUACGAGACAACGCCGCUAGAACGCGCUUUGGUCAGCGCUUUUGGUGACGAAGAUUACCUAUUUGGCGGACCGCGAACGGCUGAAUCAUUGGAUGGAUGCGUAAAGGUAGCGAUAACAUCAACUGCAGCAGCCACCGGUACACCAGUUGUUUUAUCGAACUACAAUCGCCCAAGCAUGGAGAAAGCAUCCUAUCAAUUCCAAAGACCGGAAGCUCUUUCAUCGGAGUUGAAGAUAUGGGAAGCGGGAAGAGCUACAUCGGCUGCACCGCGGUUCUUCAAGUCGUUUCAUCAUGAAAAUUCAAAACAAGUAUAUCUGGAUGGUGCUAUAUACUACAACAACCCGAUCGCAAUCGCAGACAGAGAACGUCGACUUAUCUGGCCGGAUUUGCCAUCAGAUUCGCCAGACAUAGUUCUCUCUCUUGGUACGGGGGCUUCCCCUCAUGCUCGAUCAGCCAAAGCAGCACCAGCUCGGCCAGCUCGGCCAUCUCGGCACGGUGUAAUUGCCCACGGAUUGAAUCUUGUAAAGAUUGCUAAGGAUCACAUUGAUUCUUCGUUGGACUGCGACAAGGCUUGGGACGAUUUCAUGGCCGUUUUGCCAACCUCAUGGGAAUUUUCAAGGUUUGUGCGCAUCAAUCCCGAGGUUUCAAAGGUGCCGCGCCUCGAUGAAAUCGGUAAGAUGAAAAGCCUCCAAGAGACUGUACGCACAGCUUGGAGUAGUGGAAAUGGAGGUGCACGGCUACGUCAGAUCGCUCGUCGUCUGAUUGCUACCAUGUUCUACUUCAAGCUGAGAAAGCCUGUUGGAGAGGAUGGCUUGGUCAAAGGUGUUUUGUUAUGCCGCCUACCUGCAGAGUCUGAUGAGAUCCACGAGCUAGGUGAUCUCAUUCAGACAUGGGCGUUCGCCGAGCAAUGCCCGUUCUUCUUUGUACGAGAAAAAGACUCACCUGGCAACGCCCAAAAGAUCACCUUCGACGCACCCACUCUAGAAAGGAUGAUAUUAUCUAGGCGGUUUCGUGUACCAACAGUGGAGCUAAGAUUGUCUAACAGACUUGCAGAAACUGAAAUCCAUCUGUGUUUCAAUGAUGGAGAAGUCUUUCCAAUAAGCGGUUUCCCGCGUUCUUUGUUCAAAGAGAAAGUUGGAGAGCACAAUGGCGCCAUUCGAAGAAAUCUUGAUAUUACAGGCUCCAGAAAAAACCGAUGGGUAACGCAGCUGAGUCCUCGCCCACGAUGGACACCACCAGAUGAAAAUACAUUGAAAUCUCAUCAAUCGAUUUCCAUUUUGGAGUACCAGAGCAACCAAUCAAUUCCCGAACUCUCAGAUACCUCCAUAAGAGCAGAGUCACAGACGGAGCAACUUCUUCGAUCAACACCUGAAUCUGCACCGGAAGGUACUUUAACAUCCGGCUUCGUGAAUACAUUACGCAAUUUGGUUAGAGGGUCAAGGCCGCGAGUUCCUGGUACAACGGAAAGCAGCUCUGAAGAUCGGUCAACGAACCCGACUUCCGAUGUGGAGGCCACCCGAAACGAGACAAAUUUCGUCCCCGAAUUGGAUGGAAGAUCUAUCGUCAAUAGCGUAAAAAUAAUACCUGGGAUGUUCGAGGUGCUAGGCGAUACUGCUCAAGCGGUAGAGCUCUCUAUUGAUCCACCUUCCCAUGCCUCUACGGCUCUACCCGACUACGACGACACAGAAGAACUUUACCGUUUGUCUCCAUCACAACGACUUAGUUCCAAUCCAUCUACUUCUUCAUCAAGAGGGCAACGGGAAACAUCCACACCGGCGACAUCUGCGACAUCGGGAUCAGAAUUAACAAACGUAGUUACCCCAGCCGGAUUUUAUGGCCAGCCAGAGGCGCAGGAUGACAACUCAAAGUUAGAAGCUGUUGUCUCAACAGCAACCAUAAGUCCCAGCCACAUCGACUCGUCUACUUUGAUCGAUUACCCGGGACGGUACGGAGAGCAAAUCUCGAUGCCGUUGCGUGGGAAACUUAUCCUCCGGAUCCCAAGCAAAAGUGACGAUGCACAUGCGGACAAACCUCCUCCACAUGAUGAGGCACCACGCAGAUUUCCUCAUCCCAGUGUCCCUUCGGACGUAACUGAUGUGGUGAUCUGUACAAUUUUCAACAAUCUGUACAGUCUGGACGACAUGGAAGCGCUUGCUCUCGUCAACAGAGGGUUUUAUGGUGUAUUCAAACGAUACGAACAUAAAAUUGUACGAACUGUCUGGAGAAACCAAAAAAGGCGUUGAGAGCCGACAAGUCCUGGAGAACUGUUACACUUGUCUACUGCAUCAAACCGCACGCUUCGCAUUCUAUCGUUCAUAGCCCUACCUUGGGUCUUUUCUUCAUUGGCCGGCGCUUCCCAGCCACGUUUGGCAUUCUGUUGGUUUGACAAACCAGUUAAGAGUAACUGAAGCUUAAAAUUUCAUGCUGGCUUCUUUAUUGCUUGUACCACAAGGCAAAUCGGCUCAAUUUCUUUGUACUCUCUUACAAUAAUCUUGUCUUUACCAGGAAAGUUAGCUUUGAGGAGCGUCUUUGUCUUUUCCCUUAAUUAUAUGCUUUAAUUUAUCUCCCGUUUUACUACUUU